GAGCCCUCCCCACUACCUACUCUGCGCUGGGCCUCGAACAAGCAGCUGGUGAGCGCUGCUGCCCGCUGAGCCUUCCUCCCACACAAGAGCCUUGCGCCGGUCAUGGCAGUGCCGCGGGGCUGGCAGAUGGGGCUCUGACUCUUAUCUUCACACUGGGCAGGGCUGCUGGGCUCGGAGCCGGUCCCCUCUGUGUGACAGAGUCCCUCAGCUGCCUCCAACCUCAGAAAGAGGGGCUGCUCUGCUCCAAACCCCGCCUCAACCCUUGCUGCGUCGUGCAUCCCUUGGCUGCUGACCCAGGCUCAGAAGAUGGAUGGUCUGGAGCUGAGCUGGCUGGUGAAUCACUCCCAUCCCCUUCCCCCAGGCUCUGCUCGAUACCCUGAGCUCAGUGUUGACCUGCUCAGCAGGAAAGGAGCAUGUCUGCAGCUGGCUGCCAUGAGGAAUGUGAACAUCAUCCUGCAGCACUACAAUUUUACAGGCAAGCUGACCAACCGGCAGUCCCAGGAUGAAGGCAUGAGCCUCAUCCGCACAGCCUUUGUCAUCAUCAGCUGCAUCAUCAUCCUGGAGAACCUGCUGGUGCUGCUGGCCAUCCUGCGGUGCCUGCGAGCCCGCCGCUGGGUCUAUUCCUGCAUUGCCAGCAUCACUGUGAGCGACCUGCUGGCAGGCAUCGCCUACCUCUCCAAUCUCUGCCUCUCAGGCAAGAAGACCUUCCAGCUCUCGCCUCAGCUCUGGUUCCUACGGGAGGGCAUCCUCUUCGUCGCGCUGGCCGCCUCCACCUUCAGCCUGCUGGUGACCGCCAUCGAGCGCUACAGUGCCAUGGUAAGGCCGAUUGCUGAGAAUGAGGCCAGCAAGACCCUGCGCCUGCGCGGCCUCAUCAUCUCCUGUUGGCUGCUGGCCUUGGUCAUUGGACUGCUUCCGCUGCUGGGCUGGAACUGUCUGUGCGACUUCAACGCCUGCUCUGUCCUCCUGCCUCUCUACUCCAAGAACUACAUCCUUUUCUCUGUGGUCAUGUUCAGCAUCAUCCUUCUAGGGAUCGUCGGCCUCUACAUCUCCAUCUAUCAACUGGUCCUGGCCAGCUCCAAGCAAACCAGUUCUCGGCACAGCCGCAAACGGUCCCUGCGCUUGCUCAAGACUGUACUGAUGAUCCUGGGUGCCUUCAUCAUUUGCUGGAGCCCCCUCUUCGCCCUGUUGCUCUUUGAUGCCUUCUGUGAGACCCAGACCUGCAGACACCUCCACAGCCUGGACUGGACCUUGGCUCUGGCCAUGCUCAACUCAGGCAUUAACCCUGUUAUUUACUCCCUCCGGAGCGUGGAGGUGCGCCGUGCUGUGGGAAGCCUGCUGUGCUGCUGCUGUGUCCGGGCUGGGCUUUGCAAGCCCGGGAGCUGCUUGGUCAUCACAGACAUCAACUCUGGCUCAUCGACAGAGAGCUCCUUGCGCUAUCGGGAGAGCUUCCGCAGCUCUGUAGCCCUGAAUGCCCGGCCCAGGGCACCCCUCUCCAGCAACUCCAGCAUGAUGAGCAACCUCCCCAGCCUCUGAGAGGCCAUGGGGAGAGCAGGGGAGGGCCAGACAGCCCACUAGGACCUCGUGCUGCCAGUCCUGGCCUAGCAGAGCUGGGGCCUUGGGUUCAGCUCGGACUGAAGGGUGCGACCCCGCCCCAGUGGUUAACUGUGGCCAGGCUUUCCAGCACCGUGGAUUGGGAUGUUGCUUUGGUGUGCAUGUAACAUGGGGAAAGGCA